AUUCCCCUUAUCCGCUCUGGUGAAAUAGAAACGCCUAUUGGACGUUGAAAAGUCGCCCUUCGUCAUGGAGGUGCACCGUCAAAAAGGUAAAAACUAAAAAGGCCUCCUCGACAAUUGCAGUUCCCUUUCGCCAAUCCCUUUCGCCAUUCCCUUUCGCCGUCUCCAUAUUGCCGAUAACAACCGAGUAACCUUCGAAAGUUAUUUUUCUGUCGGAUCUCCUGGGAAAAACUUGUUGUUUUUCACUAGCCGACUUCCAUCUCUCGUCUCGUCGUCGUCUCCGAAUGAUGGGCAUGAAACGCUACAACUCAGGGAGGAAGCAAGUCCUGAGCCUCGACGGCUCGCCCAAAGAAAACAGGCCGACCUGGAAGUCUAAAUAUGAACACAUUAGUGCUGUGCAUGUUACAAACGGUGUAUCAGAAGGGAGUCCCAAAGAGGGCGAAAUGGAAGUGGAAGAAGAAGAGGAAGACGAAGGUGUCGAUUCAGUUGCCAAAACAACUGCCCUGGUUGGACUGUCCGGCUACCUCAGCACUGAUAGUUCCAGUAGUGACUCUGAUCUAGAAGGAGAAGUCGAAGCAUUUAUAAAAGAAGUAGACAGUAUUUACGUUAUUGAAAAGCCCAAAACAAUCGUAAAACCACAGGUCAAUCCUCCUGUAGUUGAAAAAGUACAUCAGUCGGCACAAGAUACUUACACACAAGGGAGUCAGCACGACCCCACUGCUCCUACUGCUCCUACAAAUUCUUGGCAGGAAUGCUACGACAGUUCGACAGGUUACACAUAUUACUGGAACAUGGAAACAAAUGAAGUUACAUGGGAUAUGCCGCAUGAGUAUCAAGCGUACCGUGAAGCUUUGAAACAGUGGCAGCAGUAUCAAGCCAAUGGAGUCGUUGCUAUGAUCCAACAAGCAAGAGCUCAGCAUCUACAGCAGCAGCAACAACAACAAAUACAAAGUAUGCAACAACAAAGUAAACCACCUUCUAGCGAGGAAAGAGUUUUCAAACACUUCAAGAAAAAAAAGAAAAAAGUUGAUUCUGAUGAUGAAAAAAUAGAAUUGAUCACAUCUUAUGGUCCGAAUUCAGGAGAUGAUUCAUCUGAUCAAGAAGCAAAAGAACCUAUAAUGAUUCCUAUUAAAAAGAAAAAGGACAGUAAACUUGAGAAAGUCGAAGAUAAGAAAAAUUUGGAAACAAAUCACUAUAAAGGAUCACACUAUCAUCACAGGAGAAAAUUAGGGAAAGAAGAUCAUUCGCAACACUCCUCCGGCAGCCUUGUGCCCUAUCAUCACGAUGAUUCUGAAACGGAUGACUCUCCACAGUUAACAAAGGAAGAAGAGGUCAAAUUAAAGCUAGCAUCUAAGAUCAAAGAGAUAAGGGAACAGAUCCAGCAGAACUCAGAUUCUAAUAGUAAGACAAGCAAUGAGUUUGACGACGAGUCGACAUUGCUCGACCGGUUAAGAAGUCAGACUCAAGUGCUUCAAGAGCUCGGUGGGGAAAUUCCUGAAAGCGUAAAGAAUAUAAUAACUGAGGAGAAACCUUCUCUUGUACCAUCUUAUACGCCUGAUUCUGAUCAGGACGAAGACAAGAAAUCUACAAGUAGAAUCAACAACUCUUUGAAAUCAAAGCUGACAGCAAGGGCAAAACAGCUGAUUGCAACUACUUUAGGGCAGUUUGAUACAGCCGAGUUUUCCGAGGAUUCCAAAGAAGAUGGAGGUAAUUCUUCUUCCGGGUUGAAUUCUUUCGUUGGUGACUCAGCAGGAGACAGUUCAUCGGGAAUGGGUCUGAAAAGAAAACUCAAAAUUGAGAUUCCCCAGCAGAGUCGUAAAGUGGAAGAACAAGUUCCUUCUGAACCCACAGCUAAAAAAGAUAUAGAAAAUGAAAGUCAAAAAGAUAACGACAACCCAAAAAGGGCCAAAUUGGAAAAAAUCCAGUUUGUUAAAGCAGAAACAUUAAACCAACCGCAGAAAGACACAGAUGAGAAUAAUUCAAACACUUCUGUACAACCUGACCCAGUCAAACCAACAGACAUUGUCAAUGAGUCUGAGGUGAUUGACGUAAAAGAUGUAUCUAGUCUGCUGCUCGAUAAAAUGAAAUUUUUAUCGGCAAGCAAAGAACCUGUUUCUGCGGUUCAGCUCUGGACGAUUCAAUUAGAGACGCUUGUCUCCGCCUGGGAAAGCAAUGACCUUAAAGAGACGUACAUUACGGAUUGGCUUACGAAAACCAUGAGGGAGCUGGAGAGGCUUGAAUCAAGCGUUGCUCCAGAGGGCUGGCUGUGCAAAUGGCAGAGGAACGAGAAGUGCUACUCGUACACCAAUGAGAGGACUGGUCAGGUUACAUGGGAAUUUCCCCAAACGGAGGACACUGAAAAGGCAAUGACGAUCGGAGGAGAAGAAGACAUGGAAGUUUGCAAUACUCCGCCGCCACCUCCGAGUCCCACACAUCCCAGUCCUCCUCCUCCUCCUAAUAUAUCGCCACCAACCCCACCCCCGCCGCCUUCGAUAACAACAUUCCCUGACGAAACUCCAAUUUUACCACCACUCCCUCCUUUACCGCCACCACCUCCUUCUGAACCUCCAACACAACCGCCUCCACCUCCUGAAGAGCCUCCACCACCACUUCCUAACCACCACUUAAUGGAGCCCUUACCACCAGGAGUAGAUCCACCCGAAAUAUUACGCCCGAUGCCACCGUUGCCUCAGGAAUAUCCUGUUCACAUCCCGGGCCAAUUGGGAAUGCAUAUCAUUCCUCAGAUACAUUAUGGAAUACCUUACGCCCAAACAUCAUUGGCAGGAACAGCUAUAAGUGCCAUAGCUCACUCGAGAGGAAAUGAUAAUCAUGAUUUAUCAUCGGAACUCGAUAGUUUUUACAAUGAUUUGGCAUCAAUGGAGCCGUCAGAACAACCAUCCCAUCCUGCAUUACCAUCUUUUAAGGAACCAACACCCCCUCCUCCCCUGCCUACCACCCAAGCUCUUCCCGUUCCUGAUCCUCUACCAACAGACAUUGCUUCAAAGAAGAAGAAAAAGACAAAAUUGGCACCUGGUUUGGCUUUGAAAAAGAAAGGCGUUUCUUCCUUGGUGGCUAAGUGGCAGCAAGUGCAAGAAGACGUGCGAAGGGACUUAAAAAAUAUCGAUAACUGAAAAAAAUAUUUAUAACUAAAUGCCAACAAUGUUUAAUUCAUUGUGUGUAAAUAUAUGAUCUUUUCUUUGUAUCAAUACAAAAAAUGUGUACAAUUGACCUAAUUUUAUCGAUUUUUAAUUUAUGAAUGUAAGAAUAAAGUUUUUACUUUAUA